AAAGGCUGUGUGGAUAAGUUAGUUGAGGACCGUUGAGAGUACCCGCAAAGGCAAGAGACUUUCAUCACUCAAUCCUUUGAACUUUUGAAGAGUGAGUUUCUAAAAUGGCGUCAAUGGCUGUCUGUCAUUCCUUAGCAACAUUAUCUUCUACGAAACCUUUGCUAUCUCAAAAAAAGACAACCUCCAUUGCCAACCUCAAAUCCCACGAAAGGGUCUUACAAUCUUCACUGUUGGGCACAAGAAUACUGAUUAGAAAAACAAGAGUGCCAUUUAGCAGCAAGGUUGGAGCAACAUCGACUUCCGAGGUCACUUGCUCUGCCUCUUCUUCCACUCUUCCUUCGGCUCUUCUCUUCGACUGCGAUGGCGUGCUUGUCGAUACAGAGAAGGACGGGCAUCGCAUUUCUUUCAACGACACUUUCAAAGAGAAAGAACUGGGUGUUACUUGGGAUGUCGAUUUAUAUGGCGAGUUGCUCAAGAUUGGAGGUGGAAAAGAAAGGAUGACAGCCUAUUUUAACAAGACGGGUUGGCCAGAAAAAGCUCCCAAGAGUGAAGAAGAACGAAAAGCAUUCAUAGCUUCACUGCACAAGCGAAAGACGGAGUUGUUCAUGGCCCUUAUUGAGAAAAAGUUGCUGCCUCUUAGACCCGGAGUUGCAAAGCUGAUAGACCAGGCUUUGGCAGACGGAGUUAAAGUUGCCGUGUGCAGCACUUCCAAUGAGAAGGCGGUAUCUGCAAUAGUUUCAUUCUUGCUGGGACCAGAACGGGCAGAAAAAAUCAAGAUAUUUGCAGGAGAUGUCGUUCCUCGCAAGAAGCCUGAUCCGGCCAUCUAUGUAUUGGCGGCUAACACUCUCGGUGUUGAUCCUUCGAGUUGUGUUGUGAUCGAGGACAGCGGCAUAGGCCUUGCAGCUGCCAAAGCUGCAGGAAUGAAGUGUAUAGUAACGAAAAGCGGGUACACAGCCGAAGAAGACUUUCAGAAUGCAGAUGCAGUCUUUGACUUCAUCGGAGAUCCCCCGGAGGAGCGAUUUGACUUGGGAUUCUGUAGAAGCCUUCUCAAGCAGUACGUGAGCUAGCCUACAUUUAUAUGUUCCUACCGGUAAAAUUUCGCUCAACGCAUGUCCUCCCUCUGCAAUAUCUUGGAUGGUGACUGCGGUUUUAACUAAGACAAUAAACGAAUGCCGGUAAAUAUGCAUCCGAUCAUAUUUAGAAUGGUCGAGAGAAAAUGUAAUAAGGUGUUUUGUUGCUAUGUCGGACCAAACUGUAUGUAAAAUAAUUGAAGAACCACCAUUCGUGAGA